AUUGAUUACUUCCAAACUCCUGCCGUUGUGUUCACAAUCGGUAAAGCAUAUCCGUCCAAAAUGUCUGAAUCCAAAAUCCCUUCAUCCAUUCUCAUAAUAGGAAGUGGAGUAUUUGGCCUCUCAACCGCAUACGAGCUCUGUCUAAACCCAGCUUUCAAAGACACAUCAAUCACGCUUGUAGAACGGAGACCCUUUCCUGCUCCAGAUGGCUCCAGUAUCGACUCCUCCCGCAUCGUCCGCGCCGACUAUGCCGACCCAGCCUACGCCUCCCUCGUCUCCUCUGCCAUGCCCCUCUGGCGCUCCACCUGGGGCGAGGAUGGCCGCUACAACGAAAACGGCCUCUGCAUGACCUGUUCUCCCAGCGCCGCCUCCUACGUCCAACGCAGUGCCGCGACGAUGCAGUCCCUCGGCGCACCCAUCACCCUCCUCAACUCCCCCGCCGAGAUCAAAGCCGCAUGCGGUGUCGACGGCUGCACCGGGUCCUCCGGCUACCUCAACCGCGCCGCCGGCUGGGUCGAUGCCGAAGCCUGCAUGCGCUGGCUCUACUCCAAGAUAAAAUCCCUAAACCGCGUCACCUUCAUCACCGCAACCGUCUCCCGCCUACUAAUCGACCACUCCACCGCAACCGUCUUCGGCGCCCUUCUCACCACCACCAACACGCCCCUCCUCGCCUCCCUCACCAUCCUCGCCGCAGGCGCCUGGACCCCCUCCCUGCUCGACCUGCGCGGCAUCUGCACCGCCACGGGGCAAGUCAUGGCCUACAUCCCCCUCACCCCCGCCGAGCAAGCCGCCCUGCGCGCCAUCCCCACCAUCCUGAACCUCUCCACCGGCCUCUUCAGCAUCACGCCCUCGCGCAACCUGCUCAAAAUCGCCCGCCACGGCUACGGCUACGCCAACCCCGUCGCCAUCCCCCACCCGGAGUACAUCCCGGCCUCCACCUUCCCCUCGCAGACCUCCAUCACCGUCUCGCAGCCCCUCACCGCCGUCUCCGACCCCACCCUCUCCGUCCCCGCCGAAGGGCUCGCCGCGUGCCGCGCCUUCUUGCGGGAGGUGUACCCGAGCUUAGCGGAGAGGCCGUUCAGCGCGACGCGGAUAUGCUGGUACACGGACACGCCGACGGGGGAUUUCCUGGUGAGUUAUCAUCCGAAAUACAAGGGGUUGUUUGUCGCGACGGGGGGUUCGGGACAUGCCUUCAAGAUGCUGCCGGUGAUUGGGGGGAAGGUGGUUGAGUGUAUUCUGGGGCGCACGCCGGCGGAGUUUCGGGACAAGUGGGCGUGGCCGAGCGAGCGGGUGGGCGAGGAUGGGUUUGCGGGGGAUGGGAGCCGGGGCGGGGCGAAGGGGAUGCUGUUGCGCGAGGAGAUGGGGAGGGGGAGUCGGUUGUAG